GUAGACUUUAUGUGCUCCGACGGCGGCCUCAAAGCGGCCUCCCGCUUCCGCGGCAACGAGGCGCUCCUGAGUGGUCCAGCAGGCGGCGUAGUCGGCAUCGCGCGGUCCUGCCAUGACCCGCAGGACGGCACGCCCGUUAUCGGCCUCGACAUGGGCGGUACCAGCACGGAUGUCUCGCGGUACGACGGGAAGUAUGACUACCUCACCGACACCUCCAUCGCGGGCCGCACAAUCACCGCGCCUAUGCUCAACAUCGCCACCGUAGCGGCAGGCGGCGGAUCGAUCCUCUUUGCGCGUAACGGUCUCUUAGCUGUAGGACCCGAGAGCGCGGGCGCGCACCCGGGACCAGCAUGUUACCGCAAGAACGGGCCCCUCACUGUCACGGACGCGAAUCUCUUCCUCGGGCGUCUCGUCCCGUCUUCCUUCCCUUCCAUCUUUGGACCGUCAGCCUCUGAACCACUUGAUACUGCCGUCGUCGAAGAGAAAUUCAGACAAAUUACGCGAGAGUUCAACCAACAGACGCACCAGGCCCUCCAACCGCACGACGUAGCCCUAGGCUUCCUAGAUGUUGCAAACGAAACAAUGGCACGCCCGAUCCGCAACGCAACCGAAGCCCGCGGCUUCGCCCCCGAAAACCACAACCUCGUCUCCUUUGGCGGCGCGGGCGGCCAGCACGCCUGCGAGAUUGCAGAUAAACUAGGCAUCCGCCGCAUCCUGAUCCACAAGUUCUCCUCAUUGCUUUCGGCGUACGGCAUCGCGCAAGCAGAGCUACAAAGUGAGACCCUCGAGCCGUACGGCGCCAAAUUCAGCCACAGCGAGGAUGCUGCGCAAGAGGCUGUGACAUUUCAUGUCACGGACCGUCUCGCCGCACUGAGGGGAAAGGUGACACAAGAGCUAGUCUCCCAGGGCGCGGAUGAGGCUUCGCUGGUUUUUGAUGAGAGUCUUGUACUGCGAUACUUUGGCACCGAUACGAAUCUUACAAUCUCCCGCCCCGAGGACGGUGAUUAUGCCGCCAGCUUCAGGGCUACGCACCUCCGCGAGUUUGCCUUCUCCAUGGAUAGAGAUAUCGUCAUUGAGUCGAUCAAGGUCCGUGGGACGGGCAGUGCGGCGGGUAGCGCGUUCGGAAUACGGGAGACGUCUCCGGUCAAGGAGCUCGCGGACAGGAGGAGCCGCGGUGGCGGAGAUGUAGCUGUCGUCCCGGAGCCGAGCGUGAAGCAGAGGGUUUAUAUCGACGGCGGGUGGUGUGAUACGGGCGUGUAUCGUCUGGAUGAAGUCCCCAAGGGCGUUGUGAUCAAGGGCCCUGCUCUACUCAUCGACCAGACGCAGACAAUCUUCGUGUCCCCGACAUUCAGCGCCUACAUCCUUUCCUCCCACGUCCUCCUCGAGAAGCAAGCACCAGCCACGGCUUCAUCACCGUCACCGCUCCCCACCUCUACAACACAAAACCGAACCCCCCAGCCCGACGCACCAGAAACCACAGACCCAAUCCUCCUCUCUGUCUUCGCCCACCGCUUCAUGGCCAUAGCAGAACAGAUGGGCACCACCCUCCAACGCACCGCAAUUUCCACCUCCAUCAAAGAACGUCUCGACUUCUCCUGCGCAAUCUUCUCCCCCGAGGGCAAACUCGUCGCCAACGCGCCCCAUAUCCCAAUCCACCUCGGCUCCAUGCAAUUCGCCAUCCAAGAACAACACCGCCACUGGAAGGGACGCCUCCAACCCGGCGACGUGCUCUUAACGAAUCAUCCGCAGUGGGGCGGGACGCAUCUCCCGGAUUUGACCGUCGUUACGCCCGUCUUUGUCGACACCGGGUCCGGGUCCCCCUCCGAUCCGGAAGAUGGCGACAACACCAACACCCAAGAAAUCGCCUUCUACGUCGCCUCCCGCGGUCAUCACACAGACAUAGGCGGCAAAGGAAUCACCUCAAUGAUGCCCGAAUCCCGGCAACUCUGGGAAGAAGGCCUCAACGUACCCACCCUCAAAAUCGUCUCCCGCGGGAAAUUCCUCGAAUCCCAAGUCAUCGCCGCCUUUGAGAAAGCAGGUUCCUUGCCAGGCUGCUCCACCUCCCGCCGUCUCGCAGAUAACAUCUCUGACUUGAAAGCCCAAACCUCGGCAAACCAGCGCGGCAUCCUCCUCUUGCAGAAACUCUGCGCCGAGCAAGGCAUCGGGAAGAAGGGCGUGGCAGUGGUACACAAGUACAUGUCCGCGAUCCAAGACAACGCAGAAGCUGCGGUCCGUAGCUACUUCAAAUCCCUAGCCGCUGACCAUCCGGCCGGUCUAUCCGCAACAGACCACCUAGACGACGGCACCCCUCUCCACGUGAAAAUCACAAUAUCCCACGACACCGGCACAGCAACCUACGACUUCUCCCUUUCCGGCCCUCAAAUCUGGGGAAACUACAACUGCCCCAUCUCCAUCACCCACUCGGCGAUAAUCUACACCAUCCGAAGCCUAGUAGGUCUCGACAUACCCCUAAACCAAGGCUGCCUCAACCCUGUGAACAUCAUCCUCCCACCCGUCGGCUCCGUCCUGAAUCCCGGUGCGGGCGUAGCGAUAUGCGGAAGCACCCUCGCCUCCCAACGCGUCAUCGACGUCAUCCUCCGCGCGUUCGGGACACACGGCGCAAGCCAGGGGUGCGCGAAUAGUUUCGGCUGGGGCAUGGGCGGACGAGACCCGGAGACUGGGAUGGUUGUCAAGGGGUGGAAUUACGGGGAGAGUAUCGGCGGCGGCGUGGGUGCGGGAGAUGGGUAUGAGGGUGAGCAUUCGACGCACGUGCAUUCUACGAAUACCCGCCAGACAGACGCGGAGGUCAUUGAGAAGCGCACGGCCGUGCUCGUCAAGUCCUACGGUAUCCGCAAGGGAAGCGGUGGUGUCGGGAAUCAUCGUGGAGGUGACGGUAUCACGCGUGAGAUACAGGCGCGUAUUCCGCUCAAGUUUAGUAUCCUCUCGGAUCGGAGGGUGUAUCGACCGUGGGGCAUGGCUGGCGGCGGGCCGGGGCAAAUGGGGGAGAAUUAUGCAUUCUUGUUCAACGAGGAGGGAGGCAUGGAGAAGAUUAAUCUUGGCGGGAAGGCGAUUAUCAACCUGAAGGAGGGCGAGUAUAUCCAGGUCAAUACCCCUGGCGGUGGAGGGUAUGGCGGCGAGGAAGUAGAGGAUAGACAUCGGGGGUAUGUAUGAGAUGAGAGAUGCACCAUGAAAGACCAAAGAGAUGGAUCAAUAAAGCUUGCAGCAGAUCAUCACCA